GGGACAGACUCUUAGCCGCCUUCUCCCUUCCACAUCUACUCUUGUCCUCCCAGAGUUUGUCCCCCGCACAGCUGCCAGAGUGAUUUUUAAAAAUAUGUCGGGGUAUAACUUAUCCCUUGCUUCAAAUCCUCCAUUUAAAAUACAUUUCACAUUUAAACCAAAAUCUGGACUUCUUCAUAUGGCCGACCAGGUGCUUUAUGCUAAUGGAAUGUGCAGAUGCUUCUCCCUAGGGAGCGCCUUUUUCCAGGGCAAAUUAUCUCCAGUGAUGUCAGGUAAUUUUGACAACAUCAUUCUGUACCACCUCUUGCUUUUCAUAGCUUUUUUCCUCCAGAUUCUGCAAUGAAAAGAAAAUCAAGUCUCCUUGUGCAAUGAUUUAUUCUCUGAUAUAUAUUGGUGCCAGUCACGUGUACUGCUUUCAGAUGAUUCAAGAAUAACAGCGAUUUGAGAAACCUGUGGUUAAGUUUUCUCUUCUCUUUUUCUGUAUAAAAUUAUUUUUACCAUUAUACUUCCAAAGUGUUCUCUUUCCAAACACCACAAGUCCCGUGUAAUUUAAGCAGUGAUUUUAGGGGUCUCUGGAUAUUUUACAUUAAGUUCAGAAACAUGCUCAUGAUUAUUCCACCCAAACUAUCAACGUUUACAUAAAUAUCUGUCGUUCUAUAAGUUAUAAAAUAAUUGUCACCAUCCCCCCUUAAUCAACCAUCUUCUCCCCUUCUCUGACCAACUUUUCAAACACCCACUACUGAAGGCAUCUCCUAUUCAGGUUCUUAGAUAGUAAGAUGUUCUGUUCUUCAACAGUAAGAUGUUUCCUCAAGCCCCAUGCAAAGCAUUUCUUUGAUCCUCACUUUGGGGAUGCCCAACUCUGGCAUCUUCAUCUGAAGGGUAAACUUCCGCACUCAGCAAAGCGCGUCGUGGGAAGCCGCCUAAGCAGUGCUGGCCGCUUUCUUGUCCAGGUUGGCGUUGUCUGUGUUCGCGAGGCCCUCCGCGAAGUUGGAUCAUUUGUGGAGCAGGCCGACUCCCUCUAGAGCUCACGCUGACAGGGGUGCAGCCUGCUCUGGGACUGGCAGUCGGGCUGGAGGCUGGGCUUCUGCGUCCUCAGGGUGGAGCUGUGUCUGCUGCUGCUGCCGCCGGAUGCCGCCUGGAUGCUCGUCCCGCCACGGCCGCUCACCCUACAGUGGCAGAAUGGCAGCAAGUGCCACACACCAAAGCACCCGGGCGGGCUAUUUGCCCUGCAGCUCCAGCCAGCGCGCUACUCCUGCGCAAUCAAAAGGCGGGCAAAGCGCGAAACCGCCAGUCGCCUCCCAGCCCCACAGCGGUGCGCAGUUCCUCCUUGGCCUCCACUUGGAGACAGGGGACGCUGAAGACCCGAAAGCAGCACGGCAGUGAUUGCUUAGUUUAUCCUGGGACGCGGGAGCUGGCCAUGGACUAAGUGGUCUCCCGCCAGGUCUGUUGCCUGUGAUCUCUUGUACCUUGGUCUUUCAGCUUUGUCUCCUUAAAUCUUGAAGUCCAACUAGCUUUGCCUUGCUGCCCUUCCUUGAGACACUGGCCUGGAAUCCUUCAAGAUUGCGUCAGAAGCAGGAUCUGAAGUGGAGCUUCCAGUAUCCCCAGGAGCACUGAGUAAACACGGAAGGUACCUACAGGAUACACUUGUGUCCAUUGAUCUCUCAGAGCUGCUGAGAAUCAAAGAGUUUUUUCUUGGAGGGCUCAAGGACUGAAGCAUCCCACAAAAUGAUUCUACUGGAUAAUUCCGAGCAGCUGCUGGCCCUAUUCGAAUCUUUAGCAAGGAGCAUUCCUGAGUCCCUGAAGGUGUACGGCUCUGUAUAUCACAUCAAUCACGGGAACCCUUUCAACAUGGAGGUGCUGGUGGACUCCUGGCCUGAGUAUCAGAUGGUUAUUACCCGGCCUCAAAAACAGGAGAUGACUGAUGACAUGGAUUCAUACACAAAUGUAUAUCGUAUAUUCUCCAAAGACCCUCAAAAAUCACAAGAAGUGUUGAAAAACUGUGAGAUCAUCAACUGGAAACAGAGACUCCAAAUCCAAGGUCUUCAAGAAAGUUUAGGUGAGGGGAUAAGAGCGGCUGCAUUUUCAAAGUCAGUGAAGGUAGAGCAUUCAACAGCAGUCCUCUUGGUUACGGAAGAUAUUCUGAGGCUCAAUGCCUCCAAUGAAAGCAAGUUUCGAAGCUGGGCUGAGACAGGCCACCCAGAUGAUGACUUUGAAAGGGAAAUUCCCAACUUUAAGUAUGGCCAACUGGAUGUGUCUUAUUCCGGGUUGGUAAAUGACAACUGGGAGCGAGGGAAGAAUGAGAGGAGCCUGCGCUACAUCAAGCGCUGCAUAGGAGCCCUGCCAGCAGCCUGUAUGCUGGGACCAGAGGGGGCCCCAGUCGCAUGGAUAACCAUGGACCCUUCUUGUGAAGUAGGAAUGGCCUACAGCUUGGAAAAAUACCGAAAGACAGGCAAAAUGGCACAGGUGAUGGUGCGAUACAAGAAAUAUCUGCUUCAGAAGAAUAUUCCAUUUUACAUCUCUGUGCUGGAAGAAAAUGAACGCUCCCGCAGCUCUGCGAAGGCGGCGGGUUUCUUUGAGGCCUCCUGUGAGUGGCACCAAUGGACCUGCUACCCACAGAAUCUAGCUCCAUUUUAGACAAUGAAGCUGCUUAGCAAUUUGGGCAAGCCAUCUCUUAAUAUUAAAGCAGACAUCACAGAAUAGCUUUCUUCACUUACAAAUGUCGAUUGGGCAUUUGUGAUACAGCAGGAACUCUUUCUCACAUGGAGACUUGAUGUUAAAAGACACAGCCAUGCUCUUGAGGAGCUUACAAUCCAGGCUGGAGGCAGGGGAGGGUAUAGUCUUUAAAUAUGCUUAAGAGUUCUAGGGAAGGAUGGGGUUACCAGUAAACAUUUAACUAGAAAGCCAGGCUCAGUUCUUACCUCUGGGAAUCAGAACUCUUUAUGAAACUUGGUUGAUAGAAUCUACUAUCUGGAAGAUAAAUAAAGAACUUUAAUAAAAUUGUCAACAGAAUAUACCUAAUUUAUAUUGAUACUUUAUUGGAAAUAAAUACCACUGCUAUGUAUGGAUUUAUGACGCAAUGGCGACACUAAAGAAUGGAAUCCAUCUCUUAGUUUAGUGACUAGCAAGGUGUCAAAGGUGAAGCCUCAGACAAAUGGCCUUCCUAGGCUACCUUUCAUCAUUGUUAUGCAGAAUAGGAUCUCCAGAGAAUCAAGUGGGCUGGCCUUGAGGCCUCUGCUAUGGAAAUGAUAUUUGUUUUGCCUCGUUUCUCCUACUCUUUCUCAUUUCCUCAUCAUUAGUGAAGCAUGGCACAGGACAAGGUGUUGCCUGUGAGUCCAGUUAUAAGUUCAGCUUUUAGUGUUUGCAGCACUAAUAUCUUAAGGGGUCAUGAGCAUUCUGGGGAGAAGUGACCACUAAAGUGAAGACUGAAGAGUGAGUAAGAGUGAGCCAGAUAAAAAAAUCAGAAAAAUCCAGAUGAUGGAAAGGACACGUGCCAUGCACUAUCAUAAUAACUUUCUAAUUGAACACUUAUAUUAUAAUGUCUGAAUCCCUGAUUUCAAAAAAAAAAAAAAUGCACUUCAUGAAAAAACCAUGGCCUCAUUUGGCUCUGCUCUCGCACCCUGACAUUGGAACUUGGAUUACUGUGAAUAUUGCAGCUAUAGCAAAAAGGGAAAAAAAAUGGCAUUUUUAUUCUUUCUGAUAGUCUAGAAUUUAAAAAAAUAAAGAAAUUUUAAUACAAUUGGCUUUUGGAGUAAAGUCUGCCAGUAUUAACCAACAACUAUCCUCAUAUCUCCAUAAAAAAUAAAUGUCCACAAAAUUGAAUGUUUAUACUUGAUGCGAUUUAAAAGUGUGUAAUUCCAGCACCUAAAGAAUUCUGUAGGUCAUGGAGCUUUUAGAAAACUCCAAUUCAUCUUGGAAGGCUGUGGUAGAUAUGUUACAGCUUAGUAUGAAUCAAUCCAAUCAGAUUUCUAAACUCCUAAGACCUGAUUGAUUUGUUACAUUGACUGAAAUGAAAGCAUGGUCUGAGAAAGAGAGGAAACAUGUCAUUUGGGAUUUCUAAGGGUGGAAAAUUCUGACAAAAAAAAAUAAACUCAGGAACUUGGGUAAUAUAAAAACUGCUAUAUUUUGGCACUCAAGAGGCAAAAGCUAAUACAGAUGACGAAAGAACGCAAAGCAAAUAAAAUUUGCCUAUUUCAAAAUGAUGCCUCUGGCAUGUCCUGUAUCCAGAAGAGGAUGUUCAUUCAGGGUCUGGGGCUCAGGUCAUCUUAGCACAGCCCAGUUGGCAGCUUCCCUCCUCUGCCUCUUCCCUGAAUGCAAGCCAGCUUCCCUUAUCUAGCCCUUCAUGGUCCUGUUAAGAUAGUGAUUCCUAAACCUUAUCAUACACUUGGAUUGAAACAACAAGUAAGCGUGGGAAAGAGGAAAGAGGAGUUCUAAAAUAUGGCAAAAAUAAGUCCAAAAUUAUUAAUAAACACACUAAAAAAGAAUGGAGUAAUGUUCCUAUAAAAAUAUAUGAGUUUCAUACUGAGUUAAAAACAAAGUUCAAGAAGCAUGCAUUAAUCAGCUCUGGCUGUCAUAACAAAAUUUCAUAGA